UCUCGGCGUUCUGUCUCUACACUCCUCUCUCUUAACUAAACUUUCUACGCUCUCUCUCUCUCUCUCGCGCGUCGCGCCAUAUAUAAAUCCUGUUCACGGCCAUGGCUCGACGAAUUCAGAUACCUCUUCUCUAGAUCAACAUUCCUUUGCCUAUUUCUGCAGCAGCUGCUACGAUUGAGCUGCGGCUCCAUUCCUUAGAUCUCGCAUACUACUAACACAUUAUAGGCAUUCAUAUAUAAAUAUCUACUUCUUUUCAUUCCUUCUUCCACGAUCACCUUUUCUGCAGAGGAAGAAAACAUCAAUCUAGCUGGUCUAUAGUUCAAACUCCUCCUCUACCUCUCCUUGGACAAGAAAAACAAAAUAUACUCUUCAAUUCAUCGCGAUGCGACGCACCGCGACUCUUCUUUCGGCCUUAGGCCUCACGGCGCAGCUCAGCUCUGCAGCCUACACUCUACAAGACGAUUACUCGGGCGAUAGCUUCUUCGAUGGCUUCACUUUCUUCACCGGCGCUGACCCUACCAACGGCUUCGUCGACUACGUCGAUGAAGCCACCGCCCAGAGCAAUGGCUAUAUCUCCACCUCCGGCGAUGCCCCCGUCUACAUGGGCGUCGACCACACCAAUAUCGCUGGCAGCAGCGGCCGUCAAAGCGUCCGCAUCAGCAGCGAUGCUACCUACAACCAUGGUCUCUUUAUCCUUGACCUUGGACACAUGCCCGGAGGUGUCUGCGGUACCUGGCCUGCCUUCUGGCUCGUCGGCGCCGACUGGCCCAACAACGGCGAAAUCGACAUCAUCGAAGGCGUGAACCAACAAUCCGGCAACGACAUGACCCUACACACCAGCGACGGGUGCAGCGUCUCCUCUUCCGCAGACUUCACCGGCUCCAUGACCACCGACAACUGCUACGUCUCCGCCGCAGGCCAAUCCAAUAACGCCGGGUGCGGUAUCACCGACCCCGACGGCACCUCGUACGGCACCGCCUUCAAUGCCAAUAACGGAGGUGUCUUCGCGACAGAAUGGACUUCAGAUGCCAUUAGUAUCUGGUUCUUUGAACGCGGAAGUAUCCCUGAUGAUAUUGAUUCGGGCAAUCCCGACCCGGAUUCUUGGGGUUCUCCAGUCGCGAGGUUUCAGGGUGAUUGUGAUAUUGAUGCCCAUUUUGAUAGUUUGCAGAUUAUUUUCGACACCACCUUCUGCGGCGACUGGGCUGGUAAUGUCUGGGGUUCGAGCAGUUGUGCGUCUGUCGCUAGCUCAUGUAGUGAUUAUGUGGCGAAUAAUCCGGAGGCUUUUGCGGAGGCUUAUUGGAUUAUUAAUUCGUUGAAGGUUUAUCAGGAUGAUGGUGAUGAUGAUGAUACUGUUGCUGGGGUGGUUGAUUAUGGGGAUGAUGAUGAGGAUGAGGAUGAUGAAGAUGAUCAGGACGACGACAACGAUGAUGAUGAUUCGGAUGAUGACGAUGAUUCAGACGAUGAUGAUGAUGAUGAUGAUUCUGACUCAGAUGAUGAUUCGGACAACGACGACGACGACGACGACGAUGACGAUGACGAUGAUUCUCGUCCCUGGAGAGGUGGAGGAAGAAACCAUCAUGGUUCGAAGCUCAACGCGUCGACGUCGACCUCGUCGUUCCCUAGCCCGUCGUUUGUGAGAAAGGCAAGGUGGGAAAGGAGGAAUCCGAUGGCGGGGAUGAUCUUCUAGUUCCAUCGUCUCUCUCUCUCUCUUUUUUUUUUUUUUUUUUUCGUCUCGUCUGAUUCCAUACGUCUCAUCUUCAUCUUCAUCAUCGACUCGGUUUUCACUCAUAUUGAUUUACUGAUGCGUUGGUUGCCUGGGAUUUCGGUCAUUGAUUCGGUUGAUAGGCUGGUUGACUGUUGUUUUGAUUUCACUCUUUCGGUGCAUUUGCAUUUCAUGCAUGCAUGCAUGCAUGUAUAGAUCUGGAUCUAUACGUGCAUAACCUACAUCAUAGUACUACCUUCUUUUCCUGGGGUAUGUACUAGUCGCUCGCUCUAUCUCUACUUACUAUACCCGUCACUCGUUAAACCGAUUUACUCUAAUUGAAGUUCAUAUUUCUUUUCCAUUAUUCCCAUCUAGUACUAGUAUUGACUACACCAAAUGAC